GUCCUUGUCAAAGUUGGACCAGCUCAAACGAAAUAUACCGUCCAGAAGGCCUUCCUGAGUCAUUACUCGGAGUAUUUUCGCAACGCACUCAACGGAUCUUGGAAAGAGGCGGAAGAGGGCACAAUCGUACUGAACGAAGUCGAGACUGGGGUGUUCAACCUGUUCGUUGAUUGGAUCUAUACGCAGAAACUGCUAGAGUAUCCAACUGAUUGGCUCGUCGCUGCCGACUGCUCAUGCGAACCCGAGAAGGUCGUCAUGCAUACGAACUUGCUCAAAAUCAAGCUCUACGUCUUCGCGGAUCGAUUCCUGGCCCCUUGUCUCCGGAAGCUGCUCAACCGAGCCAUUGUGAGCAACGUUCGAGACGGCAGCUGUUCACCCUCUAUUUGGACCAUCAUAUACGCGUUCGAGAAUUUACAGGCUACUGAUCCGGUCCUCAACUACCUAGUCGACGCGCGUUGCACCAGCGAUGGCACGCUCUAUGAUUCGACGGAAGAGAAGGAAAUGUAUGGCGAGCUACCACAUGAAUUUCUGGUCAGAUAUAUGGAGAGGUCUACGGAGAUGCGUGUCCGCGGGAUCAAGCUCAAGGACUUGCAUAUUUGCGAUUACCACGGCCAUGAGUCGGGGGAGAAAUAG